AUGUCGCUGACCAACACAAAGACGGGCUUUUCGGUCAAGGAUAUCUUAGACCUGCCUGACACCAACGAUGAGGACGGAUCGGUGGCGGAGGGGGCAGAGGAAGAGAGCGAGGGAUCGGAGCCCACUAAGAGAACCGGGGUGCUGGGACCGAGCGCCCUGGAAGCAGUACAGACCUUGCCCCUGAAAAAUCCUUUCUACGACAACAGCGACAACCCCUAUACCCGUUGGCUGGCCAGUACCGAGAGCAUCCAAUAUUCCUUGCACGGGCUGGCGGCUGGGGCGCCUCCGCAGGACUCCAGCGCUAAAUCCCCGGAGCCCUCGGCCGACGAGUCGCCGGACAACGACAAGGAGACCCCGGGCGGCGGGGGGGAAGCGGGCAAAAAGCGGAAGAGGAGGGUGCUCUUCUCCAAGGCACAGACCUACGAGUUGGAGCGGCGCUUUCGGCAGCAGCGCUACCUGUCGGCCCCAGAGCGCGAGCACCUGGCCAGCCUCAUCCGCCUGACUCCUACGCAGGUGAAGAUUUGGUUCCAGAACCAUCGCUACAAGAUGAAACGGGCGCGGGCCGAAAAAGGUAUGGAGGUGACCCCCCUGCCCUCCCCACGCCGGGUGGCCGUACCCGUCUUAGUCAGGGACGGCAAACCCUGCCACACGCUCAAAGCUCAGGACUUGGCCGCAGCCACCUUCCAGGCCGGCAUCCCCUUCUCCGCCUACAGCGCCCAGUCACUACAGCAUAUGCAAUAUAACGCCCAGUACAGCUCCGCCAGCACCCCCCAGUACCCGACAGCGCACCAUUUGGUGCAAGCUCAGCAGUGGACUUGGUGA